UUAAUCUUUAUUUGUAAUUUUUUUUUGACAAAAAUAAUGUUUAACUAAGUACUUUACCGCUUACAAUGUUUAUUUUUUUAUUACUAACUGUUACAAAUUUAUUAUUUUAAUUUUUGGGUGUUCAUUUAGUUAUAAUAUUACUUUAAGUAUUUAAAUUAACAUAAUAUACUAAAAAUUGAAAAUUUAAUACUGUUGCUUGAUAAAAAUUUGACAUUGAUUUUAAACAUGACUGCUAAAAUACAACCAUUUGAUCCACCAAGUUCUGCCAGUUCUGAUAGUGAUUUGACUGAGUAUAGAGACCUUGUUGGAGAGAUUUCUGUUGUUAUAGAUAAUGACGAUGAAGAAAGUGACAGCAUAAUAUCAUCUAGUAUGUCCCCAUCUAAGCAAUCUACUGGCACACCUCCUUCAGUCAUGCUUAAGUCUCCUCGAACUUUAAGACAAAGGACAACAUCUGUCAGCCAGUCUACAAAAAAAACUGCAACAGAAUCUGUUUUACAAUCUCAAACACGAACAAUUUAUACUGCAGGUCGUCCUCCAUGGUAUAACACUGCAGGACAACAAGUAGAACCAUUUGUUAUUGGUGUAUGUGGUGGCAGUGCUUCUGGUAAAACUACUGUGGCUAGAAAAAUAAUAGAAUCAUUAGAUGUACCAUGGGUUGUAUUGCUUAGCAUGGACUCAUUUUAUAAGGUAUUAACUGAAGAACAACAUGAAAAAGCUGCUAGAAAUGAGUAUAAUUUUGAUCAUCCUGAAGCUUUUGAUUUUGAACUUUUAACUGCUACUUUACAAAGGUUAAAAGAUGGAAAAAAAGCUGAAGUGCCUAUAUAUAAUUUUGUCACUCAUUCUAGAGAAACAAAAACCAAAACAAUGUAUGGUGCCAAUGUUAUAAUAUUUGAAGGGAUUUUGGCAUUUUAUAACACAGAUGUGUUAAAUAUGUUAGAUAUGAAAAUAUUUGUAGAUACUGAUGCUGAUAUAAGAUUAGCUAGAAGAUUGAAAAGAGAUAUAUCUCGGCGAGGUAGAGACCUUCAAGGUGUACUUAAACAGUAUUGUAAUAUGGUAAAACCAUCAUUCUCUCAUUACAUAGCACCUUCUAUGGUUCAUGCUGACAUUAUUGUACCUCGAGGAGGCGACAAUACUGUUGCAAUUGAAUUAAUUGUACGCCAUGUACAUAAACAACUUCUAGCAAGAGGUUUUAAGUUAAGAGAAACUCUUGCUAUGUCAUAUGUUGGCCAACCUUUACCUAGCUCUAUUCAUUUAUUACCAGCCACUCCUCAAACACAAGGCUUACACACUUUCAUUAGAAAUAAAGAUACUCCCAAAGAUGAGUUUAUAUUUUAUUCAAAACGACUUAUUCGACUUGUAAUUGAGUUUGCAUUAUCACUGUUACCAUUUAAAGAUGUCACUGUAGAUACACCUCAAUGUGUACCUUAUUCUGGUAAAAGAUGUGCUAGUGAUAAGAUUUGUGGUGUAUCUAUUUUACGAGCUGGAGAGACGAUGGAGCAAGCAGUUUGUGACGUAUGUAAAGAUAUACGAAUUGGUAAAAUCCUAAUUCAAACAAACCGAUGUACUGGUGAACCUGAACUUUACUAUCUGCGUUUACCCAAAGAUAUUAAAGAUUAUAUGGUGAUAUUAAUGGAUGCUACGGUUGCGACAGGUGCAGCUGCUAUGAUGGCUAUAAGAGUUCUACUAGAUCACGAUGUUCCUGAAGAAAAUAUUUUAUUAGUCUCAUUACUUAUGGCUGAAUCUGGAGUACAUACAAUUGCUUAUGCAUUUCCUCUAGUACGCAUAGUUACAUCUGCUGUUGAUCCAGAGAUUAAUGAAAAAUUUCAUGUUUUACCAGGAAUUGGUAACUUUGGUGAUAGAUAUUUUGGCACUGAGCCCGAAGAAUAUCUGUCCAGCUAAUUUUAUCAAUAUAUUGGUUAACUCAAUAUUUGCAUUAUCACUAGAAAUAUCCUUUUUUCUUUAUUAUUAUAUUGUACUUUUUUUUUACAUAUAGAGUUUAUUGAUCUUUAAUUUUUUUUAGUUUUGAAAAUAAUUAUUGUGCAAUUGAAGGAUGUUCUUAUUAAUAAAAACUGUUAAGUGAGAUUGAAUUUUCUUCA